GAGUCCAGCCUGAAAAUAACACCCGUCGGAGCGUCAGGGCGGCUCUUGUGAGCUGCGGCCGGCGGCGGAGCUCGGGUUAAUUCGCAGGGAGCGUCUGUGAUCCGCUCGUAGAUUUUAAUCCCAGCCUGGCCAGUCAGAUUGAGCUGGCUACUGUUAGCGCACAGCGCUGUUAUCUGGUGAGCAGAUCAGCGUGGCUCUGGCUCUGGCUAACUUUACUGCCAUCCAGGCUGGCACUUUUAAAUCAAACAUGGCUAGCCGCCCAGCUAAACGAUCUGAACACCCCCCACUGCCCUGGACUUGGUUUCCUCAAGUCCUGAACAUCCCCGUUCACUUCAGCUGCGCCGUUAUAGUAUAGUCGGUGCCUUGUGGAGCAACUUACAUUUGUGUUGUUAGUUUUUCAGGGUUGUGGAGUAGUGUCGUGGUGUUGCUGUCGGCACUAAAGGGGUUUAACAGUAAACGAGCUCCUUGUUAAGUAAACAUGUCUGUAUACAUGUUUGGAGACAGCUACGAGGUUUCUUUGGCGCACUGACAAUAUGUCAGUGCCAGUAUCGCCCCAGUCCUGUGUGUCGUUAAAAAUCAAAUCAAGCUUACGCGACUGUCCGUUACCAUGAAAAACCAGAAAACCGUAGAAGAAUGCAAGAUAAUUAACUAGCUGUAUAAGCGAGGGAGGAAGAAUGUGAAAUGUAAAGAGGUUUGGCUGUAGGAUGGAAAUGAGCAGGAGGUAAGGCCAGUAGAAGAGAAGGGGAGUUAAUAAACAGUAUAAAUAUUCACCAGUGCAGCAGUGUGAGCUGUGCUUGUGGGCUGUAAGGUUGUUGUGCAGUUGGUGAGCUUUUUUUCUGGGCGCUUCUGGAAAGGCAUCCCUCGCUAAAAUGGACAGCCAGCCUGUUUCUUAGCCCAGCAUUUGUAAACCCUGCUCCUGGCUCCCCUUCUGGACCCCCUCCUGGACUACACAUGACUCCAGUGUUUCUUUGCUUUAACACACCGGACUCAGUGAGCAGCUCACUACCGGACCUUUCACGAGUUUACAAUGGGUGUGUUGGAGCAGGAGGACAAAAAUGUGCGGUGAAUGGCGCCCAGCAGCAGGACUGGGAAGGACUGGCUUGAUCAUGUCAAGUGUGGAAAGAAGGGUAAAGAGAAGGUUGAAACUGUUGACUCGGAGCAAAAUAAUAAUAUUAAUAAAAACACUAAACGGUGCAGCACAGAUCAGGGGUAAACCGAGCCUUCACUUCUCUUUACCCUUCUCUCCGCCGUUGACACCUUAAGGUGGUGUUGUCCAGUUGUUCGGAUUGUCCCGUUCCACCUUAAAUGGUGCAACAGUUCCAUCACUUGUAAUUGUAGCGCCGGAGCACAGAGCGUACCUGCAGCACCAUUUAAGGUGGAACUGACUUCAGCUUCGUCAGUGUACGGCACAUUUGAGCUUGUUCCCGCUCUACACACCCAUCGUGCAUUCAUGAAGGGCUUGGUAACAGCCUGAUGGGUUGAGUCAGGUACAGUGGUGGCAGGGAAAGGUUAAUAAAACGCGCUGUGCCUGAUUGAGAAACACUGGAUCUAAAUGGCGCAACGGAGCCUGCUAUCGUUAGCGGCUAACUUUAGCGCACACUAACGUGACCGCACCAAAGAAUUGAGUGUUUAAAGACUCACACGGACCAUUCGCGUUACCUUACUCAUUUGGAAUUGUCUGCUCACAUGGCGGUCUUGUUACAGUUAGGCAAUGAUCAGGGUGGCUACCAUAAUUAACACAUGCAGAAUGAAUAGCUAAUUAGCCAAAUGGCUAACAGCGUCAUUCCUGGCUCGUUGUGCGGCCGGCUCUUUUCCGAAUUAAUGUCAGGUGAAGUUGCUAGCUAACAAGAUAUUAGGAGCUAAACUAAGAUGAGCUGGAACAGGAGAACUACAGGAAAAUGUUGGUUAAGCUUACGUUGGGUGAGUUGAAUCUCCGCUCGUAAUAAGGCUAUCUAGGUGAGCUAGCUAGGCUAUCACUAACUCCAUGGUAACAACUCUUAAUCUAGCUGGCUGCCUUUAUAGUCCUGCUGUGUGGUCAACAGAAAGACAUUUUCUUCAUCAGAAUAACACUGUGCGACUGAAGAAAGACAAAGAGACCUUUAAAAGUCAGCUGCUGUAGGACGUCAACAACCAAACCGGUCAGCAGUGAACUUAGCUGGGCUUAGUUGUUUACAAUCUCGGCCAGAUGAGUUAGUUAAGUUACUGCAUACACGCCUCUAGCGGUCGACCGGGUGCACAUUGGAGCUACAACUGCAAACUUGUUUCAUGUUUUGUCUGUUUGUUCAUUUGUAUUUCUUCUGCUCAGGCUUGCAGUAGGAGUGCUGCCUCUGAUUUGCCUGUAUAUGACUUGUUGACGCAAAAGCAGACUAACCAUGCCCUGGGAGGAGGUAGUUGUACCACUGGCUGCCUUCACCAUGGUGAUGUGAAGUGGUUGUGACUGACUGUGAUGGACAGGUGUAAGCACGUAGGUCGUUUGAGGCUUGCGCGGGACCACUCCAUCCUGAACCCGCAGAAAUGGCACUGCGUGGACUGCAACACUACCGAAUCUGUGUGGGCGUGCCUCAGCUGUUCGCAUGUGGCUUGCGGGCGCUACAUAGAGGAGCAUGCGCUGCAGCACUUCCAGGAACAGCACCACCCUUUGGCCUUGGAGGUGAAUGAGCUGUAUGUCUUCUGCUACCUGUGUGACGACUAUGUGCUGAAUGAUAAUGCCACCGGUGAUCUGAAGUUGCUGCGCAGCACUCUCAGCGCCAUAAAAAGCCAGCGUUAUGAGGUCACCACAAGAAGCGGGCGCACACUACGCUCUGCUGCGACUCCCUUGGAGCAACCAGCACAUGGCAAUACACGGGAAUUGCAGUUGCGGGACGAGGACCGCAUGUUCACAGCACUGUGGCACCGCCGCCGGGCACUAAUGGGUCGCAUCUUCCGUGUCUGGUUCGAGCAGACGGAGUGCGGGAGGAGGUGUCUGGAGGAGGCACGGCAGCAGGAAGAGGAGGAGGAGAGGAAAAGGGAGGCACGAGAGAGGAGGCGCAAGCUCAAACGGCAGCUCAGGGAGCAGCUUGAGAGCGCUCCACCCCGGAAGAGCAGCCGUAUCCGGAGGCAGAGCCAGAAAGCAGCCGCUACUGCUUCCCCAGCAACCAGCAAGCCAGUUAAAUCCACCAAACAUAAGCCAGCUCCACCCCCUGCAACACGGACUUCUAAAAGCAAAAUGCCUCUGCAGAGCCAACGCACCCAGGCCAAGGCCAAACAGACUCAAGCUCCGCCCCCCAAACCGACAGGUGACUCCCCCGUCAAAAGGCGGCCCACUGUCACACCAGGUGUGACGGGGUUGCGCAACCUUGGUAACACAUGCUACAUGAACUCCAUACUGCAGGUUUUGAGUCACCUGCACGUGUUUAGGGAAUGCUUUUUGAGACUGGAUCUGAAUCAGGCCCUGGAGUUGCUGGCCUCUGCAGUCAGCCGCAAACUAGGGCUCUCCGCUCAGCAAGGCACCCAGCCCAAAGCCUCUGGACAGGGCUCAGGGCUCAGCGGGGGAGCAUCCCGCUCACGGAGUAUGGAGCUCAUCCAGCCCAAAGAGCCCAGCUCCAAACACAUCUCCCUCUGUCAUGAGUUACACACUUUGUUCCAGGUGAUGUGGUCAGGGAAAUGGGCUCUGGUGUCUCCUUUCGCGAUGUUGCACUCAGUGUGGCAGCUGAUCCCAGCGUUCCGAGGCUAUGCGCAACAGGAUGCACAGGAGUUCUUGUGCGAGCUCCUGGAUAAGGUCCAGCAUGAGCUGGAACGAACUGGAACGCUAACGCCCGCCACUGUGCCAGCCAAUCAGAGACGACUUAUCAAACAGGUGCUCAGUGUGGUCAACACCAUCUUUCAUGGCCAGCUGUUAAGUCAGGUGAGGUGUUUGGCUUGUGAUUACCGCUCCAACACGGUGGAGCCGUUCUGGGAUCUGUCGUUAGAGUUUCCAGAGCGUUACCAUAGCAACAGUAAGGAUGCUGCACAGGUUCCAUGUGGACUGACGGAGAUGCUGGCCAAGUUUACAGAGACGGAGGCCUUGGAAGGAGCUAUUUAUGCCUGUGACCACUGCAACAAUAAACGACGGCGUUUCUGCUCUAAGCAAGUGGUUCUCACUGAAGCUCAGAAGCAGCUAAUGGUCUACAAACUGCCUCAUGUCCUGCGACUGCACCUCAAGCGCUUCAGGUGGUCUGGUCGCAACCACAGGGAGAAAAUUGGUGUUCAUGUGCAGUUUGAGCAGGAGUUGAACAUGGAGCCAUACUGCUGCAAAGACUCUAACACAUCACCACGGCCCCAACACUUCCUCUACCAGCUCUCUGCUGUUGUGAUGCAUCAUGGGAAGGGUUUUGGCUCUGGCCAUUACACCGCUUUCUGUUACAACACAGAAGGAGGAUUUUGGGUGCACUGUAAUGACUCGAAGCUGAGUGUGUGUGCGGUGGAGGAGGUUUGUAAGGCGCAGGCCUACAUUCUCUUCUACACCCAGAGAAACUCUCAGGAUAAAGGCAAGGCCAGCGACCUCUGACCCCUGGUAGAAGCCAAUCAGCCACAGAGACAUUGUAUUGUACAUUCUGUUGAUAUGAUUUUAAGACCGUUUGUGUGUGUGUCUUUGUAUUUGUAGUAGGGUUCAGCAGUUCUGAAGACGGUGUAUUCUGUCAUGCUCUUAAUGCCUUACACAGAUCUUUGGCAGUAGGCACUCUGCAGUGAUUGUAGCUGUGUGCAUGUGCGUGUGUGUAAGAGUCAAAAUGUCAGUCCCAGAGAGAAGCAUUACUACGGUUUUGUGUGUGUGCACGUGUGAGACUGAGUGUAGAGUCUUAUAAUGUUAAAUGUUUUUACUUCAGCGCAGAUGAAAAUCUGCAGAAUACUGCCCAGAAACCAAAGUGUAAAAAAAAAAAACAAAAGCCUAACAUUGAAUGUUGACUGUUUCCUGAUUUGCUUCAGGCCCUCUUCACGAAAGGGGUAGAUUAGCAAAUGACCAUAUCACAGGUGUGCAUGUAUGAGUGUGAAACUGACAAUAUUCCCCACAAUCCCCCUCUCAAAGUGCCCUGCCAUGUUUUAGACCACUUCUUUGAAGUGGAAUUCCAUUGUUUGUUUUGUUUUUUUUCCUCCUUUCCUUUUCAGAAUGUCUGCAUAAUUCAGUCGCUGAGAUGUAAAGUCAUUCAGAGUGGUCUGAUGUGGAGUGGUUCAGUGUAGACACACUCAUCAACUCUUAUUCUUUACAGUGGUGGUGAUGGGAACCAGGGGUUGUGAUUACACCAUAAUAUAGCCAUUUUAUUUACUAUCCAAAAUGAACCUGUGCAAGAGAGUCAAAAUAUCAGUCCCAUCUAGAAGCUAGAAGCAUUACUCCAGCUUUGUGUGUGUGUACAUGUGUGAGAGACUGAGUGUAGAGGAUGUCUGUAAUGUUAAUUGUAGUGGUAAAUAUGAAAAAGCAAGUUUUCAUUGGGGUCUAUUAUGCCUCACAACUCCCUGUAUCUACUUCUCUGCCUGGGCUGUACUUCAGGCUUUGUUAAUAAAUAACACUAUUCACAUAACUAAUGUAUAUAAUAAAUAACUGAUGUACAAAAAUAUAUGGUUUAAUAAAUACAAAAAAUUAGUUUUACACCAAAAUGUUUUCUUAAGACUACCAUAAAACAAAGUCUCAGACAUCAGGCAGUGUGUUCAUAACCCCUUUAGACAUUCGGUUCCCAUCACUGCCACUGUUAACAGUUCUGACUCUAGAACAGGGCAUUUCACAUCAAACCAUUCCGAAUGACUUUUAACAUUUUUACAUUAUUAACAUCUUAAUGAUUUGCCUGCACAGAAAUUCAGAAAAGGUGUGCGAGUUCCCCUUUAAGGCUGUACUAGUGUUAUCGGCUCCUUUUGAGCACUCAGAACAUGGUUUUAAACGAUUCAGGAUUUUUGUUUUUCUGUUUAGACUCUCCAGAAUGUACUUUUAUAUACUCAGUACUUGGGUAAACAAGAUUUUUAUUUUUUUUUAUUUUUCUAAAAAAAAAAAAAAAGUGAUUUUAGAAUAUACAAAAAGCUGUAAUGUUCUCACCAGCGAAGACACCACAUGUAUGCUGUAUGUACAGUGAGUGAGUGUGUGAGAGAGUGUGUGUUUUGUAGCUGACUGGAUUCAUUCUGUGACUGUUGUGGUUAGCGCGCUCUCUGUGUAGGUGUGUUUUGUGUUGACGUGUGAGAACGGAGGUAAUUCUUCUGUCGUAAAAUCACACACCGCUCAGAGUCGGCCUCUUUUUUUUCCCGGUUCUUCUAAGUCCACGUUGCUCCACUCUUCAGCAGGUAUAGAUGUAAAACUAUGCAAAUUGUUACCUCAAUUUAUAGAGAACUUUACCUCAAUAAAAAGGAAAAUAUUUUUGCAUUUUUCUAGAAAAAAUGACUUCCAA